UUUCAUUGCGGCUUUUCUAAGAAUCGGUCGGAAAGCGGAACAACUCCCGCUUCGGUAAUUUGUGUUUUGAACAAAAUUGAAGUUUCUAAAUUAAAGUGCAUAUUCUAUUGCAAAAAUAAAAGUUGACGUACUGAUAAGAAUUUUUCUUCUCUUCGUUUUUUGUUUGAAAAAUUUCAGUUAGAGCAACAAACAAACAAAAGAAAACAAAAAGAAAUAUUUUAAUUUUAUUAACAACAAUUUAAGUGAAAGAAAAAGUAACUGAAAGUCACACCACGCCAAAGCACCAUCAAUAACAUAAACGAUCGUGGAAUUAUUAUAGCAACUAAAUUAAUCCAUAAAUGAAUUGAUGGUGAUCAAAGUGAUUGAAAACAAAAGUGCUAAUUUGUGAUGCAAGAUAUUUUUAUACGUAGAGAAAAAAAAUAUAAAUAAAUUAAAUUAAAAUCAGCAAAAUAAACAAAAAAGAAGACAAAAUUAAAACUUAAACGUUCGAAGAGAUCACGAUUUUAUAGGAAAAUUGCUGCUGAACGAAUUGCGGAAACAGAACUUUUUUGUUUGUUUUUGUUUAAGCGGAAGAACAUCUUUGAUCAACAGAUAAGAACAUGAAAUAACAUCAGGCGUUCAAGCAUCUCAAUUAGAAACAUUUAAAGUAUUUAUUAUUAAAGUACAAUGAAGACACUAAAGGCGGCGGCUUUUAGUGGCCCCCAGAUAAAGGCUUUGCUUAAAAAAGAUGUCCUAGUUCGUAUGCGACAGCCAUGGAUGACAGUUGUGCAGUUUAUUUGGCCAUGUCUUAUAUUCCUUUUGCUCUAUACAAUUCGUGACAGAUUUGGAGCUGUCAAAGUUGACAACUGUCAAUUUCCAACACGUCAAUUACCAACAAAAGACAAUGUUCUACCAUUUUUUCAUUCGUACAUUUGUAGUAUAGAGAAUAGAUGCACAAAUACCGAAGACUAUGAGGAGUAUUCAAAGCUUGAAGAUGCCCCAAUGAAACCAAUUAUUGACAUUGCACAAAUUUUUAUUAAAGAUGACUCACUUUAUAAUACACUUGUUGACCUGCCAGAAAAGGCCAAUUUUAUAGCUGCAGUGACAUCUCUCGUUACUAAUAAGAAUUUUAAUGACAUAAGAAAUCACAUUGGAAAAGUAAUUGCAGCCAUACCACAAGUUGAACAAAUGCUUGGAUAUAAUUUUGACAUUAAAAGACUUUUUUCAGAUCGUUCGACAUUUGUUCGAGGUGGAAAAUUACUUUGUGGUCAUCCAUUUCCAAGUACAGAUGUCAUACCAAUAGCUAGUGACAUUUUAUAUUCGGAAGAUUUUAGUGAAGUUAACGAUGAUGAGCUCGAUGCUAUGCCAACAAAUUAUUGUAAACGUUUAUAUUUGGAUGUGACAAGUAGUAAUUUUGGAAAAUUGACAUGGAGUCAAAUAAAACCAAUUAUUCAUGGAAAAAUUUUAUAUUCACCAGUGACAGAAGAUACAAAAUCAAUUAUGAAAUAUUCUAACACCACUUUUGAAGAACUCAACCGUCUUGUGAAUUUAGCUAUGGCCCUCGACGAAUCUCUUAUCAAGCUCCGCAAUAACACCGAGUUCCAAGCUAAAUUCGAUAGCAUUCUAGAAUUGGCCAAGUCACCAAUUGUCAAAACCCUUAUCGGGGACAGUAUUGACAUUGCACAAAUCGAAGCUGUUAUGGUUGGAAUACGAACAGAUCCAAUAGUUUUUGAAGUUGUACACACAAUUAAAAAUCUACUGGAAUGUUUUUCAAUUGAUCGGUUUGUUGGAGUCCAAACAGAAGACGAACUUCAAAAGUUGGCCUUCACAAUGAACAAGAAGAGACUCUACUAUGCUGGAGUUCAUUUUAAUAAGACCGAAGGCAAGGAAGUUGUUUAUAAUUUCCACAUGGAUACCGAUAAUACACCACCGACGGUUGAGGUGAAAAAACGAUUUUGGUUUCCCGGACCAGCUGGAGCAAUGGAAACUGACAUGAAGUAUCAUCAAGGUUUUGUUGAGAUAAAGCAUGCCAUCGAUAUGGGGAUUAUCAAGCAUAAAAAACAUAAGUGGAAUCUUGUCAGACCUACAACCGCGAGGCCAUCAACGACAACUCAAAGCUUGGUACAAUUCUAUCGGGUUGAUGAAAACGAGGACGGGAGUCAGGAUCAGGAUCAAGAUGACGAUGAUGAUGAUGAUUGGUUUACGAACGAUGAAAGUUCGGAAACAGCUUCGAAUUCAAGUAGUGGUAGUGGACUUAUAAGUGGUUUCUCGAGUCUUUUGAGCGGAUUCUUGGACGGUAUGAAUGGAGUUAAUCGGGAGAGCAACAAUGACAGUUUCAAUUCGAACGAAGAUGAAGAAGAAAUUGCUGGAGAAACUACUCUUCCACCCACAACCACUGUAGCUGGAGAUGUUGAACUCGAUGAAAACAAUGAAGAUAUUGAUGUUACAACAAUUGAGCCCGAGGAUGGAUUGGUCCGUGCAAGACGUUCUCCACAAGGACUGUUGGAUUUGUUCCUGGGAAUGGCAGCUAGUAAGCUUACUGGAGACGUAUUCGAAGUGGAGAAUUUGCAAUUCUUUACAAAACAGUUUCCCUAUCCUGCUUACACCAAAGAUAACUUCAAGACUGGACUCUAUUUGGGUCAAGCUAUACAAUUUGCAUUCUUUAUUGGAUUAAUGGCACAAAUCGCAACCUGUGUACGACAUCGCAUUUGGAUGCGAGAAAGCAGGAAUACUAUGAUAAUGCGUUCAAUGGGCCUCAAGACAUCCUCGGAGCUUGUUUCAUGGUGCAUUACAACUUUCAUUGAAAUGCUUUUGAUAUUCAUAGCUGUUUGCAUUAUUUUGUAUUCUGGAAGCAUUCUAUAUUAUACGAAAUUUUAUUUCGUUCUAAUUUUUCUAAUAAUAUUUGGACUUUGUUUGAUCUCAUUUUGUUACAUGUGUGCAACAUUUUUUACCUCAGCCACUGUUGGUUCAGUGACCACUUCUCUAUUUUUCCUAAUCUCUUUUUGUCCUUAUAUUUUAUUUAUCAUCUACGAUGCUAAAUUGACAACUUUUGAAAAUUUCUUCUUAAAUUUAUCGUUUACAUCGGCUUUUGCUCAAGCUUGGAAUAAUAUCUUGAGAAUGGAGCUACAAAUGACUGGUUUAACAUUUAGUGAUGCUUUCGAAGACGGUUUAAGUGGUGAAUUUGGUUUUGCAUUGGCAACAAUCAUUUUUGAUACCAUCCUUUAUGCUGCUAUUGGUUAUCUUAUUGAAUUUUGGACAGAUGAUGAAUAUCAAUUCACUGACGUCACAAGAGAUGAACUUGCCCCAAAUAUGGGAGCAACCAUGACCAACGUAUCUAAGAUCUACGGUGAAAAUAAUAUCGCUGUUAGUAACAUUUCAGUAGGUUUCCAAAGAGAUCAAGUGACAUGUUUACUAGGCAGGAAUGGAGCUGGAAAAAGUACCAUAAUUAAAAUGUUAACUGGUCAAAUUGUCCAAACAACUGGACGAGUUAUUUUAUCACAGUCCUCUGAUAAACAAGCUGAAGAAUAUGAUAAAAUUGGAGUCUGUUCUCAGGAUAAUAUUUUAAUACCAAAUUUAACAGCCAAAGAACAUUUGGAAUUGUAUGCUAAGAUAAAGCUUAAACAAGGUUAUCAGUCGAUAGUUAGUAAGACGUUGAAAAGUAUGAAGUUUGGAAAACAUGAAAACUAUCCAGCUUGGAAGCUUUCCGGUGGUUAUCAGAGAAGACUUUGCGUAGCUAUUGCGUUUAUUGGUUCACCCAAUGUCGUCAUCCUUGAUGAACCAUGCAACGGUGUUGACAACAAGGCCCGCAAAGACAUCUGGGAUCUUAUUGAAGCCUUGCGAAAGGGAAGAGCUGUGAUAUUUGCUACUCAUUUUCUAGAUGAGGCCGAAUACUUAAGUGACUCAAUUCUAAUCAUGAAAAAUGGCAAAAUAAUUGCCCAUCAUAAUCCGGAAACUAUGAAAGCUCUCUUCACUGAAAACUUUGAUCUCGAAAUACACUGUCCUGAUGUACAAUCUGUCACUGAUGUCAAAAAACAACUAAACGAAAGUCUAACAAGCUUUAAGAUCGCUCAAGAAACUCCAGUUGAUUUUAAACUAGAAGUAAGCUACGAUCAGCAAUCCAACAAUUGUCCACAGCUCAUGGAUGAUUUGGAAAGUCUCCAAAAAUCUGGUAAAAUCAAUGAAUAUUCGAUAAAUAGUAAGAACCUCGAGGAAGUCUUCACGGAGGUUAAUAGUUUGUCCGACAAGACAAACGGCUAUGCAUCCAAACGUCAAACUCUGCAGCCAGUUGAGUUGAAAAAAUCCGGUGGCUUCCAGGAAUUAAUUCGCAACGAACCACUGUGUGCGAUGGAGAAAGUUAAGUUGUUGUUCGGGAAACGUUUUACUCACUUCAGUCGGAAUUAUCGGAUGCUUCUGUGCGCCUUGAUUUUGCCAGCAAUAUUUGAGAUGAUCGCCAUGUGGUUUGUGAAUCUUCGAUUGGAGGAUGAUUUCGAACGAGCACUGAAGUUGUCCAAAGAUCUCUAUCCACACACAACAAAUCUUCUGAGCAUGGAAAAUCCCACCGAAUUCACUCAGAACAUUUACAGUCUACUGCAGUCAGAAUGCCGGGACAAGGGCUUAGAUUGCAUGGAAUUUGAUAACUCUACAAAAGCUUUCUACUGGAUUCUAGACACUGAUAAUCUUUUCCAUGAGAAACGUUAUGGAGGCACAACGUUCAAUGAGACUCGAGCCACGGUUUGGUACAAUAACAAGGGUCAUCACUCCAUGAUCUCUUGGUUAAAUGACCUUAACUCUCAUGUUCUUCAGGCAGAGAUGAAUGAUUCAGACUACAAGAUAACAGCUUUCAAUGUUCCCUGGAAGCUUGGUGACAGAGAGUUCAGCAUAUCAUCAAUACUUCGGCAGGUUUCAGACGCUGGCGUCUCAUUUGUGCUUUUAAUUUCGUUAAGUUUGGUGAUGGCUGUGGCCUCGGUCUAUAUUGUUAACGAAAGGAUGAAGGGUGAAAAACUCCAACAGAUGCUGUGUGGGGUGGAUGCUGCCACAUAUUGGGGCGUGGCAUUCGUUUGGGAUUAUUUGGUCUUAAUUGUUGGAAUCUUUAUAUGCGCUACAGUUCUGCUUGCCUUUGGAAUGCCCGUCUACACAACAAAAUCAAACCUCUGGGGUAUCUGCCUUCUGGCGUUCCUUUAUGGUUUUGCAUGUAUUCCAGCGAUCCAUGUGGUUGAGAAGCUAUUCACUGACUCGAGCAUGGCCAUUAUGACAAUCUUCUGCAUGAAUGCCAUCAUCCCAAUCUUCACAAUGGCAGUGGUGGUUCUUAUUGGAAUUGUUGGACAAUCCGAAACAGCUGAUAGCUGGCGAUUCUUUUUGAAUCGAGCUUUCCUGAUAUUCCCACAACACGCUUUAGGCGAUGGAUUACUUGAGAUAUGCAAAAAUUUCGUCGUAGCCGAAUUCUUCCGUCGAUAUGAUAUUGAUUCCUACAAAAAUCCUAUUACCAGUGAUCUCCUAGUGCCUCAUAUGAGUGCUCUGGUUGUUUUGGGAAUUAUAUUUCUGACAUUGAAUAUUUUGAUUGAAAGCGGUGUGGCUAAUAAACUUCUCAAGAAGCUAAUAGAAGAACGCAUUGAUGAUCCUGUUGAUGAUUUAAAAAUCAUUUCCAUACAGAACUCUUUGAAGAGAUCUGAAAAAGUUGGUUCUUUGGAGAGACACGUUUUGAAAGUAGACCGAUUGACAAAACGAUUCAACCGACGACAAUACGCCGUAAAGGAUGUUAGUUUUGAAAUAGCUUCUGGAGAGUGUUUUGGUUUGUUGGGCAAAAACGGUGCUGGCAAAUCGACAAUAUUCAAAAUGCUUUCCGGUCAAAUGCAACCAAGUGGCGGAAGUAUUGUUUAUGCUAAUAAAGAUAUAGCAUAUUGCCCACAAACUAAUACUCUGGAUUCACUUUUGACAGUAAAGGAGAUGAUUAAUUUCUAUGGGAAACUCAGAAGGAUCAAUGAUAUUCAAAAGCUGACAGAAAGUACCCUGCUAUCGUUUCAAUUAGAAAGCUAUAAAGAUGUUUUGGUGAAAAACCUAAGUGGCGGCAAUAGAAGGAAACUAAAUGUUGCCAUAACGUGCUUCGGUUGGACCGAUGUGGUUCUAAUGGAUGAACCUACCAGCGAUAUGGAUCCGGUGACAAGAUCAAUAGUCUAUCACGCAAUUGAUGACUUGAUUCUUGAGCAGAGAGCUAUUGUUUUGACAUCGCACUCAAUAUCGGAGAUUGAUCAUAUUUGCCAUCGGAUUGCGGUUUUGAAGGACGGACAAAUGCUCACUUGUAGCAGACCAGAAACUCUGAAGAUGCAAUAUGGUGGAUAUUACAGCGUUGCUGUCUUUUGUGGAGCUGGACAGGUUGGGGAUAUUGAAAAAAAAAUUCAUGAAACUUUCCCAAGCUGCACUGAUAUUCAAACGUAUGCACAUUCAAUAAAGUUCGUUUUGAAAAUUCAGCAAACGCAUCACGAGAAUGAUAAUUCCUCUUUAAGUCCCGAAGACAAAACCAAUCCAACCCUAGCCGAACUUUUCCGAAGAAUGAAUUUCCUUAUUUCUGAAAAUACUUCAAUUCGAUUCACAAUAAAUCGCUGCCGUCUCGAUACCGUUUUCGAGAAAAUUCUAGAUAGCAGUGAUAUUCAAGGAGGUUACGUCCAUAAUGGUUAUGUCGAAACAGAAACCAUAACAUAAAAAGUGGCAACACUAUCCAAUAAUUAAUAUUGCCGUGAAAAACCAAUGAUGGUGGCGUACUUACUUAUCCUAUACUCAAGUGCUGUCAAGAGCCAGGAUCUAUGGAGAGAAACAAACAAAAAAUUAUAUGUGAUACAAAUUUUAAACUCACACAAAAGAUCUUAGUUUAAGUUAAUUUUAAUAAUUAUUUGUUUUUGUAUAAGUUUUUUUGUUUUUUAAAGUGUGACAUUAUAUUGAAAAUGGAUUCUGGGAUUGUUUAAUUAUUAUAGCAAUAUAAGUGGGUUAAGGGUCUUUUUCAGCGGACCCUUUAAAUUCUUAACAAUUAUAUUAUAAAUAGGUUGUAGCUGAUUCAGGGUGUAAACGCUUUUCUUAUUUAAAUGUAUAUUUUUUUAUUGUAAUUUUAUGUAAAUAUUUAGUUAUAAUUUUAAUUGUAAUUUUAAUGUUUUUUUUUUCUAGUUUUAAAAAAGUGUAUAUUGUUUAUAGUCUUUAAAAGAAAUCAUAAUUAUGUAAAUAAAAUUGAAUGACAACAUUGGA